UGUAUUGAGGUGUUACCCACGGGUAACCACUACUACAGCUUCCCGUGUGUACCGCUACAUCAUUUUGGGAGAUGAAACUGUAAACGAAAUUAGCAAAAUCGAAUCUUCAAAGAAACAAAUUUGGUUCAUCUAUUCUGGAUUGGGAUCGCAAUGGACAAAAAUCGGAAAAGAUUUAAUGAAACUAGGUCACUGCAGAGAAACAUUUGCCCGUUGUGUAGAUGCUUUGAAGCCUUUUGGCAUCGACCUGGAAGCUAUUGUUUUAGCCAAAGCCAACAUUUCAGAAAAUAUUCUUUAUGACAUAUUAGCCAUCACUGCGAUACAAAUUUCAUUGACAACAUUUUUAUUCAAAUUGGGAAUUAUCCCCGAUGGAAUAGCUGGAGUUUCGUUUGGAGAAAUUGGCUGUGGUUACGCUGAUGGUACUUUGACUCCAGAACAAGCAAUUUUACUGGCAUAUGCAAGAGGAAAGGCAAGUUCAGACUCGAAAAUGUCAAAUGUAGAAGGAGAGGUGUCUCAUCAGGCACUUCAGUCUAUGAAAUCAUUCUUCAAGGAAAUACUUCCGAAUCCGAAACCGAAAUCUGAGAAAUGGAUUUCUACAUCGGUAGCUGCGGCAAAGAAUGACGAAGCCUGGACUAAGUACAACAGUGCCGAAUAUCAUUAUAAUAAUUACAUGAGUCCGAUCUUGUUGGACCAGGUGUUUGAACACAUUCCAGAAAAUGCUCUCGUUGUGGAAAUUGCACCCCAUGGCGUACUGCAGGAAAUUUUGAGGAGGGAGCUUGGGCCAGAGAGGAUUGUUACGAGUUUGAUUGAUGAAUCGUACACAGAUAUCGAACGAAAUUUGUUGAUAUCCAUUGGAAGAAUAUUCAUGGCCGGAGGACAACCAAAUCUAAGAGCACUUUAUCCUGAAGUAUCUUUUCCUGUUAGUCGUGGGACAAGAAUGCUAUCCCCCUUGGUGGAAUGGGACCAUAGUGAAUUCUGGAAACCCACCCAUUUCAGGACUCGAGAACACUUUGGUCAAGUCAUAACCGUUGACCUUUCGAGUGAUGAGUAUUCCUAUCUCAAUGGACAUAAUAUUGAUGGAAAAAUCUUGAUGCCAGCUGUGGGAUAUUUGGUAAGAUUUUUUGUUUUGGAGAUAUGGAGAAUGGCGUCAGCUUUUCAGAAUUCCAAUAAUUACCGGUAUAACUGA